UUAGUUUGCCUCUACCGGCUUUUGGCUUCUGUUUUGUUUCCCGUCCGUUGUCAAAUUCCCAGCGCUGCUUCGUCCUGUUUUGGCCCCGUCGAGCGGCUCGACUCGUUGUUGGCCGACCUGGAGUAGCGAGUGACGACUUCGACAACCGACCGAGCGAGAGGUGGAGUUUUGUCGACUGGGGAGGGAGGAGAAGAAAGCAAGCGUAGGGAAGGAGGCGAACCCGGACGCGUCGGACGGGAGGGGAAAGAGAGGAAAAAAGAAAAAGCAGCGCACGGCAGGAACCAAGCGGGAGCUCGUUGUGGAUGAAUUUGGCUAAUUUCAUACAAAAAAAAAAGUUUCUCCACAAGUGUCGGCGGCGAAGAGGACGACGACAGCAACAAGAUGAUAACGCCCUACUUCGUGGACAAUUUCUGGGGUGAAAAGAACAAUGGCUUCGAUGUGCUGUACCACAACAUGAAGCACGGGCAGAUUUCCUCCAAGGAGCUGACCGACUUCAUCAGGGAAAGGAGUGUUAUCGAAGAGGCCUACGCCAGGUCCAUGACCAAGCUGGCCAAGACGGCGGGAAACUUUUCCCAGCUCGGGACGUUUGCGCCGGUGUGGGAGGUGUUCAAGGGCUCCACGGAGAAGCUGGCCAUCUGCCACAUGGAGCUAGUGCGCAAGCUACAGGAGCUCAUCAAAGAAGUGCACAAGUACGUGGAGGAGCAGGCCAAAGCGCACAAGAAGACAAAAGAAGAGGUGGCGUCCACCUUGGAGGCCGUGCAGAACAUCCAGAGCACCGGGCAAGCCCUGCAGAAGUCCAAGGAGAACUACAACGCCAAAACGGUGGAGCAGGAGCGCCUGCGCAAGGAAGGGGCAACUCAGAGAGACGUGGACAAGGCGGGAAUAAAAGCCAAAAAAGCCACGGAGACCUACAAGUCGUACGUGGAGAAAUACGCCUAUGCCAAGUCUGACUUCGAACUCAAGAUGGAGGAAACGGCACAGAAAUUCCAGGACAUUGAAGAAAGCCACAUCCUCCACAUGAAGGACAUCAUCAAGUCGUACUCGCAGUCUGUGGAGGAAACGCACGUCCAAAUAGGAGAGGUUCACAAUGAAUUUAUGAGAAACGUGGAGAACACCUCAGUGGAGAGCUUAAUACAGAAACUGGCCGAAAGCAAAGGAACAGGAAAGGAGAGACCAGGGCCCAUUGAGUUUGAGGAGUGUAACGCUGCCAUCGCUACUGAAGGUGCCAAACCGAGGAGGAGAAAGCCAUUUGGCAUCCCAGGACGCAGAAAAGACAAAGACACAGAUUCCACGGAAUCAACGGAAGCAGAAAGUAACGCUGCCAACGGCGCUCCCCCCGGAUACUACGGGGCCAUAGACAUUCAGAACACUAACGUUCCGCGAGUCGACGACGAGGGUUUCUGCAUCCGGCCGGACGCCAUGGAGAAUGAUGCCAAAGAGAACUCCUUCUACUCGUCCAGCGACUCUGAGGACGAGGACGAACCGCGCAAGUUCCACGUGGAGAUCAAGCCCGUGCAACCCAACAACGACACGCACCAGAACCGUGCCACCAUCGACGAGCUCAAGGCCUCCAUCGGCAACAUCGUCCUGUCGCCGUCCACCUCGGGCCAAAUGCGGCGGAACCAAUCCAGCGAUGAGCUGGCCAAAGCCAGAGUGCCGGCUUCUUACGAACUGACCAACAACGACCUCCUGUCCUUGGAUCCGCUCGGGCCAUUCCUAACCGCCGCGCCCUCUCAACCCGUGCCCACGUCCACAGACCUUGCCUGUAUUGUCCUCUCAUCUCCAUCUUUUCUGGCACGAGAGUCGCAAGCCGCACCAGCUUCGGCGGAGACGGCGCCGCCCCCCGAGCGCUCGCCCCCCUUGGCCGAGCAGUCCAAAGACAUCUCCUCGUUCUCCUCAUCCACGUCGUCUCCCUGGGACUCCCCGGAAAACCUUUUCCAAGCGCCCCGUCCGCCGCCCGCCCGGGCCCAUAGCGCCCCCAUCACGCUGCCACCCGAACCGGCGGACUCCGUCCGGAGCCCGGCGUGCGGCGGCGAAGACGACGACUCCUCCGUGUCUUGGUCCCAGAGCCAGUGGAUCGCCUUCGGGGACAACGUGGCUCCCGGCCGCCGCCCCAGCGCCCCGGCCAGGCCCCGGUCCGGCAGAGCCGGCCGCUUCCUGUCGGACGACUCGGCCGACGCCUACGGGAAAGUGGCGCAAGGGUUUUCGGACAGUUUCUCCGGGUUGAGCGAUGGGGCCACGCAAAUAUUUCCGGCGUCCAACCGCCCGACAACUCCGCUGACGGCGGGCGCGCUGGUGCCGCCGCCCCGCCCCUCCUCCAGGCCGAAACUCCCCACGGGAAAACUGAGCGGCAUCAACGAAAUUGCGAGACCCUUCAGUCCACCCAAGGCGCCCGGCGCCAGUCCGCCACCCGCCGCCCCGCUGGCCCGCGCCGAGAGCUCGUCUUCGCUGUCCUCGAACGCCUCGCUCAGCGCCGCAAACACGCCUACUGUUGGCCCUGAUCACUUUGUUCCUGUUCCCUUCUCCUGUCGCGUGUCAGAAGUGUCCUCCUCCUCUUCGGCUUCUUUUUCUUCUUUCCUUCCUCCUCCCAGUCAAAACGACGACACGUUUGUCUCCAAGCUGCCGACCUUCGAGAGGCGAUGUGAAACUCCAGCAGGCACGUCCCGCGGCCCCAGCCCCGUGACGCUGGCGUCCCAGGAUGCUUUGCCCAUCGCGGUGGCCUUCACGGAGUCGGUGAAUGCCUACUUCAAAGGUGCUGACCCCACCAAGUGCAUCGUGAAGAUCACAGGUGACAUGACUCUGUCGUUCCCUUCGGGCAUCAUCAAGGUGUUCACGGGCAACCCCUCGCCCGCCGUGCUUACCUUCAAGUUAAAGAACACGGGCCGGCUGGAGCAGAUCCUCCCCAACCAGCAGAUCCUCUUCAGCGAUCCGUCCCAGAGUGACUCGGAGUCCAAGAACUUCUGGUUCAACAUGCAAGCGCUGACCGCCUACCUCAGGAAAGCCUCGGAGCAAAACCCCGCUGCCUCCUACUACAACGUGGACAUCCUCAAGUACCAGGUGCAGUCAGACGGGAUCCACUCCACGCCGCUGAACCUGGCCGUAUACUGGAAGUGUGCUUCGAACUCCACGGAGCUGCGCGUGGACUACCGCUACAACCCGGACUCCAUGGCGGCACCGGGUCCGCUGGGCAACCUGCAGGUCCUGGUGCCCGUGGACGGGGGCGUCACCAACAUGCAGUCGCUGCCCGUCGCCCUCUGGAACGCGGAGCAGAAUAAAUGUCUGUGGAAGCUGAGCGACAUUUCAGAAAAGUCCGACAACGAAGGCGCCGGCUCUCUGCGGGCCAAGUUCGAGGUGUCGAACGGCCCGUCCGACCCAUCCACGCUGGCGGUUCAGUUCCUGAGCGAGGGCAGCACGUUAUCGGGCGUGGACAUGGAGCUGCAGGGCAGCGGCUACAGGCUGUCGCUCAGCAAGAAGAGGUUUGCCACAGGUCGCUACAUGGCAGAUUGCUGAGGCUGUUUUCCCUCGACUCGCUUUAAACAAAAGUUACCCCGGACCCCCUGCCGCCGCUGGGAAUCACUACAAUAAAGCAGCACUGAGUACUGAACACUGUUUAAUGGAGAAAUAAAAAGCAACGCAAAGGUGAGCCUUGGGGGGGGGCGUGGAGCUUCUGACGUCUUAAGUGACGCGUUCAGGCUCUUUAUACUUUAUGGAUUUAUCCAAAUCAUCAGUGUAUAUUUGAAAUCAUAAAAAGAGGAAGAAGAAAAAAGAAAAAAAAAACACUAACAAUCUUUUCGGGCGCUCUUUAUUUUUUCACCGCAAUUCCGCACACUGUGUAAAAUUAACAGCUAAAAAAAAAAAAAAUCUUUGAUCGUUUUGUUUCUCUUUAAUUGUGAACGGUUUGCAAUGGAUGAAGUGUCAGUCUCAUCGCACAAAAAGAGAGAGAGAGAGAGAGAGAAGGAAGAAAAAAAACAGGACCUCAGUGCCUCCUCGCAAAAACUGUGCUCGUUUUUUUUAAACGCACGUUCGGGUUUCAGGGCUCUUUUGUCAACGUCCUUUUAAAAUGUUUUUUAAACAACUGCAAAAAACGUUGCAAUGCUUUAAAAAUCCUCCGAAUUCAUUUGUAGCCUUUCAAACGAAACUUGAAGAUUUUUGUUUGUUAUGACAUUUUGUGCCACCCCCCCCCCCCCCCCCCCCCAUCAGCGAAGAAACAAAAACGCGCCUGAACGAUAGCGCUAACCUGUUGUUGGGAUGCCGAAGGGAAGACGUCUUCCGAAGAUUUGUUUUUUACAAAGUUUUUGACGAGCGAUAGCUUGGAAAAACAAAACAAAACAAAAAAUCGCCCGAUUGGCAUCGUCCGUUUAAGCAUCCGCCAUUUUGAACCGCCACUUUCAGCAAGCUGGUUCUUGCUCGCCCUGAACAAUAACGAAUAUGAAUUGAAAAAAAAGACGUUCUAUUUACGAGCCUCCAUCUUUGGUCACUUUUUUUCUUUGUGUUUGUAUUUAACAGAUUUCCUUUUUUUUAAAAAAAAAAGGACAUUUGUGUAAAUGAUUCUCAUAAUUUGUACAUUUUUUUACAAGUAUCAGCCACUUUUUUUGUCUCUACGUAAUGAAUUCUCACUGUGCCUGUAUUAAAUGUGUAAUAUAUGAAUACAUACAAAUAUAUGAAUGACUACUUUGA